AUGGAGUAUUCAUGUACCCAGGAUAACACAACAAGACCUUCCUCUUCCCAAGCAAAGACACGCCGUGUUUGGACCCGGGCUGAGGAGGGUGCCCUAAUAGAUGCCCUAAAAGACAUGGUUACCGAGGGUUGGAGGGCAGAUAAUGGGUUUAGGCAGGGCUACAAUUUCGAGAUUGAGAGAAGAUUGAAGGCGAAGUUUCCAGGCUGUGACAUUCGUGCAGAUCCUCACAUAAGCUCCAAAAUACAUGUUUGGAGGAAGACCUAUGUGAGUGUGGCACUCAUCAAAUCUAAUUCAAGCUUCGGGUGGAGUGAGGUAACAAAAUCUUUUUCGUGCGACGAUAAAGUUUGGACAGCUUGGUUAAAGGUAGAUCCACAUGCCAAAUCAUUGAGGAACAAGUCUUUCCCGUACAUCAACGAAUGGGCGGAAAUCUUCGGGAAAGACAGAGCAACCGGCGAGAAUGCACAAGGCUUUGAAGACGCAGCGAACGAUGUCCCACAACAGGACAUGCAGAACACGCCGGACUCCGAAAAUGAAGAGGUGCCAUCAUACCAGAACCAAAAUGAUGGAAACCCCGGCCUUGCCAUGGGUGACACGUCUGGUACGGCGUCUGAUUUGUCUGGCAUUGCAUCUAGGCUCGGUUUUGAGCAUGAUGAGGAGCAGAAGAGGAAUGCGGUGUUUGACUCCCUGUCAAACAUGCAUUUCCUGUUAGUUGAGGAGAAGAUGGUAGUUACCAUGCGCUUAUGCAAGAAUCCACAAGAGCUUUCCAUGUUCUUUAGCCUGACUUCGGACAUGAAAGCUGUGAUGGUGAAAAUGAUGCGCGAAGGACGGAUGGACAACAUGGAUAUUGAUGCUAAUGGUCCUCAUUUUUUCAAGCCGGUUACAUUUACUACGCUCCAUACGACGGCAUUUCCCAGGGCAACACACCACCAUUACCGUGGUGUGGAGCUACCACAUACAUGCCGAAUCCAGACCAUAGAGGGUCGUUCGUACGAGACGACAUUGAAAAUGGUGAACAAUUGCCCUACAUUGGUGGACGGAUGGAGAGACUUCAUUCUUGAAGAGGACAUAACCUUAUGCUACUUUUUGGUUUUCCGUCCAAGGUCCAUUUUCGACUUUGAGGUGUGGUUGCUACAGCCGAAUGGGUGUGAGAGGCAACCCCAGUACACGUUCACCAUCGAAAUAAAACCAACUCAUGUGGAGCGUGCACGUUUGGCUAUCCCAAUGCAGUUUUGGAGGGAUUACAUCGAAGGCAUGUAUUCGAACUACAACUCCGCUAUUCUGAAGUUUGGUGACUAUUCGUAUGACGUGGAAAUAAUCCAUGGCCACGGGAAAAAACUCAUACAAAAUGGACGUGCACGACAAUUCUUCGAUGACAACAACAUCGUUGUGGGUGAUGUUUGCACGUUCUUUCUCCUCCCAAGUGAUGAAGGCCUAAAAUUCAAGGUUAAACUGUAG